CACCUCCAAGCCAACGAGCCCCAGGCCGGACCUCUGCUCCAGGCCUCUCAAGUUCUGCUCCUCAGCGCCUCAUAUACUCCGUUUCAACUCCGUCCCAGUCGUCGCCCCGUUGCUGUCAGAUUCACAACCAUGUUCAAGAUGACAACCUUCCUCGUCGCCCUCCUGGUUCUCCUGCCCACCUGCCUUGCUUGGCAACUCGAUGUCGUGUUCUACAAGGACGCCAACUAUGGUGGAUCCGCCAUUGACUUUCAGAUCCACGAUAGCCUCGAGUGCUACAACAUCCAAGAGUGCUUCAACGACGAAAUGUCGAGUCUCAAGGUCACCUCCAGCUGUGACAUCCCCGCUGGCUUGAUGCUCAACCUUUAUGCCGACAUCCAGUGUCCCUGGAACGACUGGAGCGGCACUUGCCUUCUUGAUGGCACGACCACCUGGUCAGGGCUGAUUUACCUUGUGCCCUGCCAGACCGUUUCUGUUCCCUGGAUUGGUUCGUGUCUGAACGACCAAGUUAGCGCUUUCAUGGCCAUGGAGAACUGGCAGAGCAACUUUUGGUGGAACUCUGGCCAGUAUACUUUCUCGUGCUAA